AACGUGCGCUUGACUGAAGAUGAGCUAAUACUCAUAUGAGCUGUCAUGUCACAUGUCAAGCUUCUUUUUCUUCUGAAUCAUGUCUUGGAAAUUUCAACCUUAAGCCAUUCGAUAUGAUGUCCCUUUUGUUAAUAUUACAGCCUUUAUAGUGGAUUGUUCCUUUUGUUUUCUGUUUUACAUAAUUGUCAGUUAUACAACUAGAGGAAUGUAUGAUGUUUUGGUUAACUUUAUAAAGGAUGCAUGUGGUCUGAGUAAGAAGUCAAAGGAGCAGAUUGUGGACAUUGAUGCUGCAGAUGUGAACUAUGAAUUGGCAGUUUUCGAAUAUGUUGAAGACAUUUUCAGCUUCUACAAACUAGCUGAGAGUGAGACAAGAGUUCAUGACUAAUUAUUCACAGCCUACCACAAGUUUGAGCUUAAUCCAGAAACUCUUUACCUCACAAUGUACAUUCUUGAUCGCUACCUCUCUGUGGAGACUGCAUCAAGAAGGGAACUGCAGUUGGUGGGCAUUAGUGCCAUGCUUAUAGCCUCUAAAUAUGAAGAAACUUGGGCUCCCAAGCUCAAUGACUUCAUGUGCAUCUCGGACAAAACUUACAGUCACGAGCAAGUGUUAACUAUGGAGAAACAAAUUCACGAGCAACUGAAAUGGUCAAUGACUUCAUGUGCAUCUUGGACAAAACUUACAGUCACGAGGAAGUGUUAACUAUGGACAAACAAAUUCUCGGGCAACUGGUUGUCAUGGAUAAAGUUGUCGUGGUUGUGUGAAGUGAAGUUAGCCAUGUGAAAGCCUCAUUGUUUGCCGAUUAAUCGACUAUUACACAAGAGGCCGAUGAAACUACCACAUUUAAAGACCUCAAACUAAACUGUCUUUCAAUUGCGUCAAUCUUGGAAUAAAGAGCUUAUAAGUUUUGGGAACCUGAGAAUAUCAUGGACUACAGUUUUGUGAUUGGUCUACAUAUCUACAAUUAUUGCAUCCUUCUGGUAAUAAUUCUGGAAAUCUUUGUACAUCUAUGUUACAUUGCGUUAAACUGGUUGUUGUGGAUAAAGUUGCCAUGGUUGGUGAGGUGAAGUUAGCCAUGUGGAACCCUCAUUGUUUACCGAUUAGCCGACUAUUGUAAGUGUUUGGUUAUUGUUUUCAGUACCGAAGCUCCUUGGUUACAAAGUUUUUUGGUGUACAUUGUGUUAAAUUGAUUGGAUGUCAAAGGUAUGUUUGAAAUCUCUUUAGCGCUACAACCUAUCUGCAUUAACAAAUCAACUGGCAUUUUGUAAUAUGAUUUCAGGUGAAACGAAUCAGUGAAGUGGCUCGGGAUAGCAAGAUAUUGGCCACACACACUGACAGUCCAGGUGUAAGCAUCUGCUUCUGAAUAUUUCAAUUUCAUUUGGUAGCCCUAUCGUACACAUUUGUUUCCCCCCUAGUGAUUUUUUGGUAGCCAACAUAAAGCUGGUGGAAACUCUUGGCUACAAGCAGAUGAGUUGAUUUCGAUGGAUUCUACUGUGAGUGGAUAUGCCACUACGUCACUAUUCUCUAAAGCUAUUUGGGUUUCGAUUAAUCCAUUGCUUAGUACAGGAUACCAAUCCCCUUUAAAGUUAGAUUAACUGCCAUUGCUUCCACCUGAUUUCCAAGCUGUAAGAACGUCAGAGUUUUUACAAAAGAAUUUCCCUAAGCCAGGUGAAAAUAUGAAGUAUCCUGUAUAAAUAACAUUGAUCUGAUGUUUCAGGAAAGACGUAAUAAUUAGUUUCCUUGCAAUAGUGCAGUUGUCUGAUAUAUAUGUCGGAACAACUCUAAUCCGAAGUUUCAUUGCUACUGCUUCUGCGGAUAGAACAAAACUUUGGGCCCGAUUCAAAUUAUGACAUCUUUUCUACUCUACGUCCUUAUUUUUGACAUAUUCUGUGCUAUGUAAACUUACAAAUUGAAAAUAGCGGUAAAUAACAAUUUUAUUUUUUCUUAUGACAAGUGAAUCCGCAGCGCUGCACCACCCGCCCAGGUUACUGAUGUGUCAACUAAUUCGGCAAACAGGAAGCGUCUUUAUUUCUCUGCAAUAUUUACAAGAGCCAGUCAACAGUGUUCUGCAGAAGAUUUAGUACCUUGGAAGUUACCAACCACCUCAAGAACCCAGGAUUCAUAGAAGUUUUCUGUAUGACCUCUUCUAUGCUAAGAUACA